UCUCCGCGCCCGCUCAAUUAGACUGAUCUCGACAUCCAACACCCAAUGGUAGCACGCCCGGAUCCUGUCGAAUUCGCCUUGUCAUGAAUCUUAUUUCUCUCCAUCUUCCACGAUAAUUACGCUCUCCCGCCGCCGUACAGCGCGCCCUCCUCCUCCUCUCCCUCCUUCCUCUCGUUCUUCCGUCCUCACGUUCCUUCACUAUUCACGGUCUUUUUACGCUACGCUAGACGAGACGAGCCGACGUUGCGAUGACUGGCCGCAGGCCUUCUACGGGCGGCCGCUUGCGCUCCAAAACGUCUGACAUAUCCGAUCUCAUACGGGGCAACCAUGCACAUGCCAAACAUUCUGAUGCGCUCUCGUCGCCACCGCCGGUUCCGCCGCUGCCAGAGCCUGACAGUGCGAGCAAGAGCAAGUCAAAGAUAUCGUUCUUCGCGCGUAGGCGCAAGAGCACCUCGGCGUCGCCCAGCUCGUCGACCAAAUCUGCUGAAACGAAGACCACGUCAAAUGCAUAUGCGCCGCCGCCGCCCCUACCCAAGCUGGACGUCCGCAGACUGUCUUCGAACAGCAAGGGCGCAGCCACUCGCUCAAUCUCCACUCCUUCUUCUCCAAACCCGGUUCCCCCAGCAGCGCUUCCUCCUCUGGACGUCUCCUCACCCUCAUUCGGUUCCAUCUCGCAAUUGCUCCCUUCGCAUUUCGCGAUACGCCAUGAUUCCGCUUCCUCAGACUCCAGCCCACCACAUAAGCACGCCUCUGCCAUCCCUGUCUCCAACAUCCGCCACAUCCGCCCACAGAAAUCGAUGUCCUCCGCCGACUUUGGCAGGGAAAGCACGGAGAUCCCUGCCCUCCCACCCAAGAGCAAGGGGCACAAAUCGAAAACCAGCCAGAGCACCAAGACCAACGGCGCGCGCCCAAUCAUCACUGUGUCUGCCCCGCCGCUGAGCGGACAACCCGAGGAGGACGAAGCGACCUUCAUGACACCGCGCACCGCACCCACGCCGCCUGCCGCUCGCGCACCUGCAUGGAGCCACGGAAGCACGUCCGGGCGCGACUUCCACGACUCGCCCGGGUACGCAAGCUCAGACCAGGCGAGCUCGACGGGCUCACCAAGCCCACGGAGCCUGCUACACUUCCCUCUUCCCCCGCGCGGCAGCGGCGACAGCGCGCGCACGCAGACGCCCCAGCAGGACUACCGAUCCGACCCGUGGGGGGACGAGCACCCGUCCAAACGGUCGAGCGCGGGCAGCUCGUCGAGCACGCGCGAGACGCUCACCGUCGCGACGGCCGCGCCAAGCGGUCGGGUGGGGGUGGGCAGCGCGCUGCUGCGGGCUGCGCGUCGCGAUGAGCCUCCGUCGCGAAGCGCGCCGGAGCCGAACACGCGUCCGCCUGUCAACCCAGGUCCGCAACAGACCGUCACGCGCUCCCCGCCGGGCUCGCCUCCGCCCCGUAGUCGCAUCCCUGCGACAGCGUCCUUCCAUUCGAGCGGCGGCCGCACGCCUCCGCCGCUGCUCACGACGUUCAGGCGUGCGCCGAGGGCGGGCCCGCCUGCGGAACCGCUUCCCUCGCCGCCACAUUCUGCUUUUGUGACGCCGUCCGGCCCGGCGGAGAGCGCGCCCAGUGCGGGUAGUAGCCAGCCGAUGUCUGCGCUGCCGACGAUCCCGACGCUAGCGUCGCAGAUGACGGUGGGGCAGGUACACCGCGCGGUGUUCCAUAGGUCGCGCGCGAACACGCUUUCGAGCCGUGCGUCGUCGACGGUGACGCUGAGCACGGUGAACGGGGAGUCGUCCACGCCGUCCACGCCGCUUUUGGACAACUUUGGCCAGAGCAACGCGAAUCUGAGCUUGAGCGGGUCUCCUGCGAGCAGUGUGAUCUUCCGAGAGCAUGUGGAGCAUAAUAGCGUGGGCAAUGCGUCCCAGGGCGAAGUGGCGACCAUGGAGCAGCUGCGCGACGCACUGAACGCACAGAGCGCAAAGUACAAGCGGCUCUCGUCGUAUUUGCUGACGCUCACGGAACGACACGCCGCGGAGAAGAACGAGCUCAUGCGGCGCAUCGAGGUGCUCGAAAAGGAGGCGCGCAAGCGCGAGCGCGAGAUUACUGGUCUUCGCUGGCUCGUCAUGAACGCCGGGCAGCGGAAUAGCGCGAUGAGUGCCGCGAGCGGAAGCGGUGGCGACGCUGCGCGCCCUCGCACGGCGAUCCGCGCGCGCUCCUCGUCAAAGUCGUCGCAGGGCAGCCAGCAUCAUGGCGGCACCCCACCGGAACCGCAUCGGGGUUUUUCGAUGGAUUCUACGAUGGACAGCAUGGAGGAGGGCCUGUUCGAGCUGCAGAACUCGGUGUCGGACCUCAUCGCGCCGCUGGCACCCAGCCCGCCGAGCUCGGAUGCGCUCGCGAGCCCGAUGGCGCGGCCGAGCGCAAGUGCGAGUCCAAAGUAUGGCGCGGUGUUCGUGCGGAAGAAGAGGUCGAAUACGCUGCCCGGUGGGCAGUCGCCGCCGUCGGUGGCGAUCUGUGUGCAGCAGAAGCAGGCGAGGCGGACGAGCUCGCCGGUGUUGAGCGCCAGUACUUCGAGUGGGCUGGGUUUUCGAGAUGUCGAUUUGCCGUCUAUCCCGUCCCUUGCGAGCACCACUAUGAAGUUCGUGUCGUCCAAUUCUUCAUCGUCAGGUUCGAUGCCUUCAUCCCUGCCAUCGCUGACCGCAAUCAACACCGCGUCCUCCGGACUGUCCGCCAUACCCGAGACACCUCGGAGUCCUACCGAUAGUCUGCAUCCUGAUCGCACGACCGAUAGCAGCACGCAGAAGAAAUUGCACGACGAGAAGCGCGCUUCGCGCAUCCUCAAACGCAUUUCCGCGUCUUCGACAGCAUCUUCGGUCUCGAGCAGCCCUGCGCCGCACGGCGGCAAGGUCGCCUCGUCGCCAUCCAUUGGGCAGGUGCUCGACCGUGCGACCGAGCGCGAGCGCAGCAUGGACACCAUCAUGCGCAAGCUGCGGUCUUACGGGUCCGGAUGA